UUAUGAAUUUGCUUAUGAUUUCCAACAACUUUUCCAAACACAUAAUUGUGGUAAAGAAAUAUGUUUAGGAGUUACGUUGAAGACAUGUGGCUAAAGGGAGUAUUCUAUUCUAGAAAUUUGAGAAAAAUCAAAUGCUUUUUCUUCAUAUUUCUAAAGUUUAGGCGUUCAAGAAUAUGCCCUAGAAAGUACAUUUCGAAAAUCAAAUUGUUUACCGAAUUAUAACGAUUUUAGUGAUGCGGUAUCUAAUCUACUACGGCCAUCAGGGUUACCAUAUCUACAGAAUAAUCUGAUAUUUAUAUCAGUAAACAGCUAGUGCUAUCGGUCUGUCUUUAUUUUGAUCACCUGUAUACCGUGUUGUUUUGUACAAUGAUUGAUAAUGAAAAUCAACGUGUCUGUUUCGUUUGCGAAAAACCCGAGGAUAACCCAUCCAACAUUAUUGAGUGUGUGAAUUGUUGCAGAAGUGUACACUUUCGUUGCAAAAAACUUUUCGGUAAUGCUGUGGCCAAGGUGAAAAAGAAACCGUUUUUUCUGUUCGUUUGAGUGUACCGAGACUUUUUCAAGUUCACACAGCCGUGGAACUGCUCCUAGCAAUGAGGCUAUUAUGAAGGAGCUACAGUUGCUAAAUCGUUCGAUUCAGGAGUCGAUGCAAGUUCGCAACGCAUUUGAAAAAAUUCGUAUGGAUCUCUCGAUGCUGGUUACUACUACCAAGAACAUUGAAGAGUCUCAGGAGUUCCUCGCAAAUCGGUUUGAUGACAUGCAAGCGGACAUGAAAACAUUCAGGGUCGACAUGGAGAAAUUAAAAUCGGGAAAUUCUCGAAUGCAAGAGGAAAUUGACGAAUGGAAGGAGAAACAUCAAGUAAUAACUGAGAAAAUAGAUCGCCUCGAAGUGAAAUUAGACAAGACACAGCGGACAACUUUAUCAAGAAAUGCAGUGGUGUUGGGUUUGCCUAUCGUUAAAAAUGAGAACACAGCACACCUCGUUAACUGGGCCUGAAAGGUACUGGAAAUCAAUAUGCCCCGGUUCUCGUUUCGUUCAGCAAUCAAAGCUGGAAGGAGAGGUUCUUUGACUGCAAACGGUCCCAUGGACCUCUGCCAGUGUCGGCAGUAUUUGAAGGAUUUGCGGAAGGUACGAACACGAUCGUUGUGCGUGUUGAACUUACAACACUUGGACGAACGCUGUUACAGGAGGCUAAGGAGCUGCAAGCUGUUUUCGAUAUAAAGUAUGUCUGGCCAGGCAGGAACGGUAGGAUACUGAUGAGGAAGCACGAUGGGGCAAAAGUGGAAGAAAUCCAAAGUAAGCGCCAACUACACUCGAUGAAGGAAACACUGCGGAGACGCACACGUGUUGGUGCGAGUACAAGUUCUUCUUCGCCAGUUUUAGAGCCAUCGCCGAAAAGAAAGAAUGUUGGCAGAGAAUAAACGUUGAGUUAGCAUUUAUUUCUAUUACUUUUCGCUAUCAUGUAUCCUGAGACUACCAAAAAUAAUAAUUUCUAUUUUGAUACUAUCGAUCAACUCAAUAAAAAUAUUACUAAAAUUGCGACUCGCUUUCCUCUCAAAAUCCUACAAAUCAACAUAAGAGGAAUGAAUAACCCGAACAAAUUUGACAGCAUAAAGGAGUUUUUGAAUAGAUAUGUUGGAGUGAUUGCUGUCUUGGUAGUAGGAGAGACUUGGGUGCAAAGUGAACGUACGAAUCUUUUCAAGAUAAAUGGUUACAAGUCAUUUUUUUCCUGUCGUCCUGAAUGUUCUGGAGGUGGAUUGGCAGUUUACGUUCGGGAAGCUAUCGUGUUUGAUGAGCUGGGAAAUGUACAUGCGAAUGGUUUCCAUCACGUGCACCUGCGGCUAGAUGCAAGUGGAACCCCGUUUCAUAUCCAUGCUAUUUAUAGACCUCCUUCGUUUGAUUCAUCAGUUUUCUUCAGGAAUCUGGAGUCUUUGCUAUCAGCUUCAAAAGCCAAUCAGUUUCAUGUUAUUGUUGGAGAUAUUAACAUCCCGACUAAUCAAAUUGAGAGUUGUAUUACAAGUGAAUAUGUCAACUUGUUGAAAUGCUACAAUUUUUCAGUAACAAACACUUAUCCAACACGACCAGCCAGCAACAAUGUUCUGGAUCAUGUAGUUUGUUCCGAAACAAUGCUGAAUAACAUAGUGAAUGAAACUAUAUUCAACGAUUGUAGUGACCACAACUUUGUUCUAUCCACCUUCAAUGUGCACAAGGAUGUAACAUGUCGGACGCUUAGUAAAACCAUCACCAAUUACCGCAGGUUAAUAGAAGCUUUUAAGGCAGCGACAGUGUGUAUGCCUAAAGGAACCGCUUUUGAACGCUUGGUAUAUGUGUUAGAUUUGUAUAACCGAUUAAAGGAGAAGUUUUCGAGGUCAGUUCAGGUGAGAGCAAGAAUCAAAGGUCACUGUCCCUGGACGUCCUUUGAUCUUUGGAAAUGGUUACGGAUGAAAGAUAAUAUUCUUCAGAGGCAUAAAAAAUUUCCUCAUGACGGUGAUAUAAAAAACCUGUUACAGUACGUCUCCCGGCGAGUACAACAAAUAAAAAAUCAGUUUAAAAGGGACUACUAUGAUAACCUGUUCCGGAACGCCGAUCAGAAAAGUAUAUGGAAUAACUUGAACGAAAUACUCGGACUAAAAGAUCGGGAUUAUUCAGUAAAGAUCGACGUGGAUGGACAGUUAACUUCACAUGGCCCGGCCGUUGCCAAUCGGUUCAAUGAGUUUUUCAGUUCCAUUGGACCCCAGCUUGCCUGUUCAAUUUCUAGUAGUCGGAAUAUCAAUAAAUUUGGAACGCUGAAUCCCUUGCCUAACUCUAUCUAUUUGGCGCCAACUACAGAUCAAGAGGUUAUUUUGAGAAUAAGAUAUCUUAAUUCCAGCAAAAUGUUUUCUAAACUAUUACGGGACGUUUUCAAUGAAAGCAUUUCGACUGGUAUCUACCCCGAUUGUCUAAAGAUGGCUUGAGUAAUUCCCGUGCAUAAGUCUGGGAGCAAAACGGAUAUCAACAAUUACAGACCAACAUCAAUUUUAUCCGUUCUAAGUAAAAUACUAGAGCAACUUCUGGUAUCAAGAUUUACCAGCUUUUUCAACCAGAAUAAUGUUUUGUAUAGCCAUCAGUAUGGAUUUCGAGCCGGAUCCAGUACUCUAACUGCUUUGUGUGAACUGACUGAUGACAUCUACAAGGCAAUGGAUUCACGUAAAAUUAUGGGAGUUUUGUUUUUGGAUCUUAAAAAAGCCUUCGACACUUCACCUUUUAUCUUUCUGUUUGAACAUACAAAACAAAGCUCUUUACUUCUAAACAGUGCCGCAAUACAUGGAGUUUUCCAUUAAUCCUUUUCCCGAGCACGGAUGACAAGACAUAAACAUUCGUUUAGAAAAAGUGUGAACUGCUACAUUGUUGCAUAAAUUAUAAUAUUAGUAUACUUCUUUACUGUGGUGGCUGAGAGCAGACAAAUGACCGCAAAGAGUUAAUACAGAUUUUCUGAGAAAAAACACAGAUAAAAAGAUUUUUUGAGACCAGAAACACAGAUUUUAUUAUGGCAAACCUGACGGCAAUAACAAAUAACUUCAAACGCGUUUUCUUCGAACUAGUUUUUUCAAACUGGCGUACACGAUAUGGAUACAAUCUGUAUACAUUUUUCUAUCGCAUGAAUUAAAGAAAAUUAGAAAACUUCAAUUCCACUAUUUUAAAAAAAUCGGAAAACGCAAAAGAAACAGCCCUUUUUUUCAAAUGGCCGCCAUUUUGUCAAAAAGAAUGUUUUUGACUUUUCCGAGAUACAUGCGAUAGAUACUGAUUCAGAAUCUGUUCGAUUUUGUUGUUUCAGAUAACCGGAAUCGUGUACGUCAUGGCACAACUUUUUUUGACCCUCUCACUUCAUCAGCUCUCAACUAUUCUAGUUUUUUUUCCGUUCAAUUUUUGU